CGGUUCAUCAUGACGCUGAAUCUUUUUCUUCUCCUGAAUUUUACUGGUCUGGUCCCAGUUGCUAUCCUGCGAACCAUCCUUCACAAAUAUGACCUGAUGAUGACACAGGUGAGCUGGCCUGUUGCACAGAAUUACUGCAGGGUGACCUACACUGACCUGGCAACAGUCGUAAGUGAUAGUGAUUGGCUAAGAUUUAAGAACGAAGCUGCAAACAAACAUCUGGCAGCAAAUGCUUGGGUCGGACUGUACAAUGAUAUCAAUAGCUGGCGCUGGUCCUUAAACGAUCUCCCACUGAAGAAUGUCACUUAUUCCUGCUGGGUCUCUGGACAGCCUGAUAAUCUGUAUGGAAACGAAGCCUGUGGUAUCAUUGGUUAUUAUAAUGCAUGGUGGGAUGUACCAUGUGCAGGACUAAGACCUUUCAUCUGCUACAAUGCAAAUUUCAGUGGUACUGCUAGGUUCAUUGGCAUCACUACUCUUCUGACCUGGCCUCAAGCUCAGGCUUACUGUCGAACACAUCACACAGACUUGGCCAGUGCUCUUAACAGUUCAGACAACAACAUGUUAGUGCAGAUAAGGAAUAUCCAGGGUGAUUCCUGGAUUGGGCUCUACAGAGACACAUGGAAGUGGUCAGAUGGGACAAUCGCUUCAAACCUACUAUGGUAUCCUGGACAACCUGAUAAUUAUGGAGGAGUUGAGAACUGUGCAGUAGUUUAUAAUGGACUGUUCUAUGAUGCACCCUGUGCCAACCUGUACUAUUUCUUCUGUCAUUCCAAUGAAGCAGAAACUAAAAGAAAAAGACAAGUUGGAGAACACCACAGUGACCUGGAGGCUGCAGCCAGAUGGAAACAUCUUCCACAAGAUAAAGGAAGAUCUGUAACAUCUAAAUGCUCACCUCCAAGUCAAACAGAUUGUAAACUAACUGAAAUUUAUUUAACCUACAAUAUUCACACUUUGCUCAGUAGGGGACAUCAGAUGACAAGCUUAACCAGAAGUAGAUAA